AUGGGUCAAGCAAGUUCAAAACUUGACAAGAACGAUGUUUUCUUGCUGAAACACAAUUAUGACAAUUUUAUUGACACCAAUGAAUCAAAUUUUGGUCGUGAGCAUCGGAAUUCCGAUGAAGGGAUAAUAAAAGAAACAGGGCAUAUUGCAGACUCUACAAUGCAUAUGGACACGAAUGCAACAGGUACUCCUAUCGACAAUUUUUUUACCGGCGGAGAUUGGGAUAAGUAUCUUCAUGAAGCAUCUGAUUUUGGGAAAGAAUCAAAACCGGAUAAUCAAAUACAUCUUACGGAAAAUGAAGCUCGAUCGAUCAACAAAGUUUUUGGUAAAGGAAACAAAGAAGAAUCUGGUCACGUAAGGACUGCAGCUAGGGAGAAACAGGUCAAGAAACCUAGGAGGAAGCGGGUCAAGAAACCGGCUGAUCAUUCACUUCCCAGAGAAGAGAAGGUCAUCAAGGAGGUCAUCAAACAGCCUAGUAAGGAAGAUCAAAUUGGGAGCCAAGCCAUUUCGGAUUCAGAUUCUGAAUCAUGUGUAGGCCGAUACAUUUAUAUUCAUAAUCUUCCGAGCCGAUUCAAUGGUGAUUUGGUCAGGCAUUGUCAAUCUCUUAACGAAUGGUCUAAUAUGUGCCCCUACCUAUCGAACUUUGGCUUUGGUCCCCCGCUAAAGAAUUCCGAAAGGGUGCUCUCAAAUACUGGCUGGUAUUAUACGAACCAAUUCAUGCUAGAAAUCAUUUUCCACCAUAAAAUGAAGCAAUACAGGUGCUUAACCACUAACUCGUCAUUGGCUUCGGCAAUCUUUGUUCCCUACUAUUCUGGGCUUGACGUUGCUCGCUAUCUGUGGAAUGCUGACAAGAAGAUGAAAGAUUAUUAUUCUCGUCAUCUUGUCAAGUGGCUAAGAGAAAGCCCGGAGUGGAAAAGAUUGUGGGGUCGAGACCAUUUCAUGGUUGCUGGAAGGAUCACUUGGGAUUUCAGGAGAUUAACAAACAAGAAUACUGACUGGGGUAACCAGCUUAUGAUUUUGCCUGAAUCUAGAAACAUGACAGUGUUAACUAUUGAAUCAAGUCCGUGGAACAAUAAUGACUUUGCAAUACCCUAUCCAACAUACUUCCAUCCUUCAAGUGACAACGAAGUAUUUCAAUGGCAAAACAGGAUGAGAAGACUGAAAAGGCAGUACUUGUUUUCUUUCGUAGGUGGACCGAGACCUGACCUCCCAGAGUCUAUCCGUAGUGAGAUUAUUGAACAGUGCCAGGCUGCAAGUAGAAAAUGCCAAUUGCUAAAAUGUAUUACUGGUUCAAGCAAUUGCUAUGAACCAGCUAAUUUGAUGAGGAUGUUUCAAAGCUCUACGUUCUGCCUGCAACCUCCAGGGGAUUCCUUUACUAGGCGAUCAACUUUUGAUUCAAUCUUGGCUGGGUGCAUUCCAGUUUUCUUCCAUCCCGGUUCAGCUUAUGCCCAAUAUUUAUGGCAUUUACCUAGGGGUUAUACUGAAUAUUCUGUGUUCAUACCGGCAAACAAGAUAAAAGAUGAGAAAGUCAGCAUUGAGAGGACACUAUCUAGGAUUCCUAUACAAAGAGUAUGGGCUAUGAGAGAACAAGUUAUAAACCUGAUUCCAGGUAUAGUAUAUGCUGAUCCAAGUUCUGGUUUGGAGACCCUUAAAGAUGCAUUUGAUCUCACAAUAGAUGGCGUUCUUGAAAGAGUUGAGAAGAUUAAGAUGGUUAUUAAAGCUGGAAAGAAUUUUUCUGAAGACAUAGAAGAGUAUACUUGGAAGAAAAUUUUAUUUGGAACAGAAGGGAAACACGAAUGGGAUCAUUUCUUUGAUAGGUCAAAGAUGAGAGCGUAUAAUUAG